UUUUUCCUGAGGCCUUUGUGCAACAUUCAGGGCAUAAAUCUCAGAAAUUCAAGUUCAAUUAACUACGAUUUGAGAUCUUAUCUUGCAAUUGUGAACUUUUCCCUUCUCCAUCGCAUCAUCAGAAGAAAAAAAAGAGUGAAGAUGGAAGAAGCAAGGUCGAGAAAUUUGAAAGCUCCUUAUAACGUUCAAGAACUGGCAAAGCAACAAGUAGGAACCAUUCCGCGGCGAUAUAUUCACGAUGGUAUAGAAAAGAUAUCUGAUUCUUCUAUGUUAUUGCCAGUGAUUGACAUGCUGGCAAUUGGAGAUGAUAAUUCUGAGCUUCAUUUUGCUUGCAAAGAAUGGGGAUUUUUCCAGGUGGUGAAUCACGGAGUGAGUUCAUCGUUGGUGGAGAAAGUGAAGUCAGAAAUCCAAGCAUUUUUCAAUCUACCAAUGGAAGAGAAGAAGAAAUUUGAGCAACAAGAAGGGGAUGUCGAAGGAUAUGGGCAAGAUGUUGUUUUUACUGAAGAGCAAAAGUUAGAAUGGGGUGACAUAUUUUACAUGACCACUCUGCCUAUCAAUUUUAGAAAACCUCACUUAUUUCCUAAGCUCCCUCACUCACUUAGGGAUAUCAUGGAAGAAUACUGCAAAGAGAUGAAGAGCUUAACGAUGAUCAUCAUACGACAAUUGGGGAAGGCUUUAAGGAUGGAUGAAAAGGAAAUGAGAGAUCUAUCCAAUGAUGGUAUGCAGCUAAUAAGGAUGAAUUAUUAUCCUCCUUGCCCCGAGCCAGACAAAACCAUUGGCGUAAGUCCUCAUUCUGAUACUGAUACCCUCACCAUCCUUCUUCAGCUCAAUGAAACUGAUGGUCUCCAAGUCCGAAAAGACGAUAUUUGGGUGCCUAUAAAGCCCCUCCCAAAUGCUUUCAUUGUGAAUAUUGGCGAUUUGAUGGAGAUAUUGAGCAACGGUGUUUAUAGAAGCAUUGAGCACAGAGCAGUUGUAAACGCAAAGCAAGAGAGGCUAUCUCUUGCAACAUUCUAUAUCUUUAACCCUGUCUCUGAAUUGGGACCUGCACACAGCCUCAUUGGACCAAAUAAUCCUCCAAUUUUCCCAAGAUUCCACCUAGGAAAAUCUUUGCAGGAUUUUUCUGAAAGAAAACAAUAUGGAAAAUCCUUCAUUGAUUGCAUGAAGGUUGAGACCAAGGAUGACGAAUCUUAGGUGCUCUACUAUGUACUGGGUUAUUAGCUAAUCUGUAUCCCCUGAAAUAAUUUUUUUUUUCAAGUUCCUAUAUUUGAUUACACUAUAAGCCUGUAAUAAAGAAGAAAAAUUAUAAACUCUCUAUUUUUAUGGUGUUUGAGAUAAUCGCACAGUUUUUGUUGA